GGAGUAGAAUGAGCGUACACAGUUUCCGGCUUUCGCCCGGAAGCCGGAAGUACUUUCUGCGGCUCGGGAUCCCCACUUCUGUUCCUCAGUUCCCCUCCGGCUUAUCGUAGAUGCUGAUGCAGAAUCCUCAGAACCAAACAUAUGAGAUGCUUUGCUUCAAGCAGAGGUAGAAGAGAUAAUACAAGAGGUAUUGAUGAGCCUCCCAAAAGAUGGAGACAUUCAGAGAAAAGACUAUAGAUGAGCUGAAGGAACUGCAGGAGAAUCCAGAAGAGAUCGAACGUUUGGCACUGGAAUCUAAUGAGGUGCAGGAUAUCCAGUUGGAAAGGGAGAUGGCUCUGGCUACAAAUCGUAGCCUGGCAGAACGGAACCUGAAGUUCCAGGAACCCCUAGAAACAGGACGUGCAAACCUCUCUGACAAAUAUCAAGAUCUGCAGAAGCUGGUGGAGCGAUGCCAGGAGCAGAAGGCAAAACUGGAGAAAUUCUCAGCAGUGAUACAGCCUGACACCCUUUUAAAUCUUCUACAAAUAGAAGGGCAGAAAAUCGAAGAAGAAUCUGAGGUAAUGGCUGAAAAGUUCCUGGAGGGCGAAGUGCCUCUGGAGAUAUUCCUUGAGCAGUUUUCCUCCAUGAGGAAGUUGUCCUAUCUACGACGGGUGAAAGUGGAGAAGCUUCAGGAAGUGUUGAGAAAAUCUCAGUCUUCACAAGAGCCAGCCGAGAGUGCUGACUUCAACCACCAGCAUUCUUCAUGCUUGUCUUCUGGGCCUGCAGAUCAGCUGCCACAGAAUAGCCCGGCUGGUGGACCACCCUUUCCUUUACCUUACAGCUUAACUCCUUGCAUGCCUACUGGCCCUUCAGCUCAUGGAGCUCUUCAGCCAACUUCUUUUGCAGGAACACCUGUUGUGGUGGGACAUGUCACCUCCUCCCAACCAAGUACCCAACCCUCAUUUAUGUAUAGAUCACCUUUGGUUCCAGGAUACCCACCUGUCUCUUCUGGUGGUUCAUUAGCCCAGUCUCAGGCAGGAGACCCAUCUUCAUCGUCUGGGUAUUCUUGGUCUCCAUCCAGGGGAUCCCCUUCUGGAACAGGAUACCCACAGCUCCCUGUUAAAGGUCCAUCUACAGGACCUGGUUUCCCUCAGCCUUUGCAGCCUCCAUAUUUUCCACCGGCAGGGAGGCCACAGUGCCCAUAUCCUACCCAGCCUCCAGUGCCUAACUUCCUUGUUCCUUCCCAGCCUCCAUAUCCCACAGGCCCAAGCCCAUCCUUUGGGUAUCCACCCCCACCCCUGCCCCCUCGGGGCCCUUCUUGGUCAGGAUAUUAGUCACUGUUUUCAGUAUUCUUUUACUUAGUAGGCUGAUGAAUUGAUUUUUGCUAGCUAUAGAAGUCCAGGAUGAAAACGGGUGUGUCAACCCGAGAGACGCACCUCUGUUAGCAUUAUACUGAUGGCAUGUGUGGUUUGAUGCUUAUAAGGAAUGCCACUGUUCAGUUCCUGAGUAUCAGGAGCCAUUGACUCUUGGCAGCCUUCAGUGGACAGUCAGUUCAAGCCAUAGUGCCAAUAUAGGCCCAGACACUUAGUUGACGGUAUGCUGGCAUUAUAAAUCAGUCAAGCAUUUCUGAUGUAAAACACAUUUUUUCCAGGAAAGGAAUGAAUAUAUGCUUUCUCUUGGCACUAAAAAUACUAAAAAGUAAAUACUGCACGGACCUUAACUUGCUUCAGAACUAGUAUGUGAGCUAACACAACAGAGAAACAAAACCCUCCCUCACUUCAGCUCCAGUCAAAUUUCCAUCAAUCUCUCCAUGCUGGACAUUUCCACCGAGAUUAGCUGUAUUGCAUGUUCCUCUUUUUCAGCGUGUUUUCAUCACUUCUAGCCUUGCCGGGGCUAAUUUUGGCUUGACUUUCCUCUCUGAACAGAUAUACAGAGGCUAUACAGUGGAUGUAUUAGUUGUACUAAUAAUUAGUAUGUGGAAGAUGUGACCUAGAACAGCCUUUCCCAACUUUUGAGUCCCCAGAUGAUGCUGGACUACAGUUCUCAUCAUUCCUGACCACUGGGCAUACUGGUUGGGGCUGAUUAAAGUUCUAGUCCAACAACAUCUGGGGACCCAAAGGUUGGGAAAGGCUGACCUAGAGGGGCUUGGAACUGUUGCUGCACAUAAAACAGGAAGGUUGACUUUUAUAGAAAGUCAAAGAAGCACUGCAUUUUAAUUUGGGGGAAUAAUGGGCAAAAUGUGACUGUUCCUAUUUAUGUUGUUGAUUAUAGCAUACUUCACUGAAGCUUGUAGGCAUCUCUGGCUGCCAACAUAGCCAGCCUCUUUUCUUUAAUAACCUCUUGGUGAAACAGAGGACUUUGAUAAUGAAGGCCUCUCCCUCCUCUUUGCUCAUUGUCCCACUUCUUUCAUGUAAGAAGAAAAACUGGCUAUCAGCUGAGAAAACAGAGGAAAUCGUGGCGAUCAAAAUGGCUUUGCUAAAGCACUUUACCUUUUUGCUUGCCCGUAAUUUAUUUAUUAAAAAAAUAGACUACUAAUAGACUUGACCAGGUUGAAUGAUUUUUGGAAUUUAGUGGAAGCAAUUCCAUAUCUGAUUAAUUGUGAUAAUAAAACUUGGAAGUGUUGCAUAUAA